CUCUCGCGUCAGGGCGCCUGGGGUGGAGUUGGCCCCUCAUUGCUGCGCCUGCGCGUUUCGGGAAGACGCGGCGUAGAGACGCGAUUCGGCCUAGGGCUUCGGGAGCGAUUUGUGUCUGGGGCGAGCGGCGCGGCGAGCGGGGUCCCGCUCCGGGGAGAACAUGGAUUCCCAAAAGGAUGUUCAGCCUCCAAAGCAGCAGCCAAUGAUUUACAUUUGUGGAGAAUGUCACACAGAAAAUGAAAUAAAAGCAAGAGAUCCUAUAAGGUGUCGAGAAUGUGGGUACAGAAUAAUGUACAAAAAAAGAACAAAAAGAUUGGUUGUAUUUGAUGCUCGGUAACGUGGACUCAAGAUGUAGCUGUUAUGACCUGGUUCAUCUCAGUAUUUUGAUAACUUCGGUUUGCAUACAUAUCUGUUGUGUACAAAUACAUACAUUUUCAUUCUGAUCAGUUGUAAAUUAUUCAAGUAGUUAAAUAAAGAUUUUAAUAUCGAA